AGUGAUAAGAUCAAGCUGGCAGAUUUAUAUUUCAAAGAUAUAUAGUGAGGCAAAGUUGCCUCUUUUACAGUAAGUGAGCUCCCCAUCCAAUCCCCUUUUUGUUUAUUGUUACUACUGUAGCAAAUAAUUAUAUACAUACCAUUAUCCCCACUCUCCUCCACCUUAAAAGCUGCAGCUUUGCUUCAAUGCAAGCUCGGAAAACCAUUCUGCUUCUUAGUUUAUAAUUACAGGACUUUGCUGGAAGCAUUCCAUGGAGGAAUCAGCCAGAGUUUCUUUCACGUUCAAUCAUUCCUUGGCUCCCCCCGUCUUUAAUGGGAGAAUAGAUACCGUAAAAGAUGGGAAGGUGAGUAGAAGGAAGCCUGGAGGUAAUCAUGGUUCUGAAGUCCCUAAAAGUCCAAAUCAAGCAAUGGAAUUUCUGUGUCGAAGUUGGAGCCCGGCAUCUUCUGAGUUCUUUAAUCUACUCUCAUCACAAAUCCUUCUUCCCAAACUUGAGGAUAAGAAAAUUGAAGAAAGCGAUCGAGCGGUGAAGGAGCAGAGGUCAGAGGAAAAUGCAGCACAAGUCAGAGGAGGAAUUACAAUAAUGAGAGAUCAUAGUUGGGCAUGGCUAUCAACUGAAAAGUUGACAACUUCAUCAGCAAAAAGGCAGAAAUCUCAUCACAGCAAUUGGAUGAGUCUCAAGUCUAUGAAAGCUCUGUUGAGUGGAGAACUAUUCACAAGAUUUAUAAGAAGAACUCAGAUGAAGAGAAAGGAGAAGCUAAGGCUUCAGAUGGCCCAAGUUCACGCUGCCCUCUCAGUUGCGAGACUAGCAGCAGCCAUUGCUGGAACUCUGGCGAAUUUCAGCAUGGAUUCUGUGAGUAAUUGGAAUAUGGGUACUGUUCCUGUGCAGGGAGAGGGAUGGGAUCAGAAAAUGAGCAUGGUGGUUGCUUCAGCAGCAGCGCUCGUAGCUACAGUUUGUGCUGAGGCUGCUGAAGCUGUGGGAGCUCAGAGAUCGCUUAUUUCCUUAGCCAUUAACAGAGGGUUGGCAACACAGAGCGCUUCAGAAAUUCUUGGACUCACUGCUGCUGCAGCAACAUGCUUGAGAGGAGCUUCAACACUCGAGAUGAGGACAGCUGCAAAGAGACAUAAUUCAGAAGACAAAUUGAUCCUUGUAAGAGGAAUGCAGCUCCUCAAAUGUUCACCUACUGGGAGGCCGCAGGUGAGGGAAGUAAGGAUCUACCUAAAGCAUAAUAUGCUUACAUUAAGGUUGGUGAAGAAGCUCUUAAGGGGUACAAUCAGCACACAUAAAGAUUAUAGGAUUACCAGCACUUUGGAGGAAAUAAACAAUGGUGGUUGUGAAGAGGGUGGUCAUGGCUUGUGCUCAAUAGACCUUGGCACCAAUGAUGGGAAUGUUCAACUACUAUUUGAUGACAAGAAGCAGUACUUACAGUGGAAGUCCACCAUUUCUCAGCUCUCAAGAAUUAGAGAUGAGGCAGCACUGAUCAACUAAAUUUGUCUGUCUGAAGCACCCACAGUUGAAGGAGCUCAGAAGCAUCUGCAACACACAAUUGCAAUGCCACAAAUCAUGCACAUGGGCUUGGCGUAUCCAUGACCGAAACGGGUGUAGCUAUGUCGGUCAGCAUAAUCACGCUACAAGUUAGUUUGGCCACACCGUUGAAGGUCGAGUUUGUACCAAGAAGGUUGAAGGUCGAGUUUGUACCAAGAAGGCUAAAUAAUUAUGCUUACACGAGGUGUGACCAUGCUCUCAGACGGUCGAUCCUAAAACAAUUCUUAAAUUCAUGAUAUCGAUUUAAGAAGUGAGGCUCACGCAUGCGGUUCUUUCGACAAAUGUCUCAUGAAGAAGAGAAGUGUUGGAGAUGAGGAUUUCAUCGUGUUUUUCUAUUGUGAGAUCUAGAAGAAGGGGUUGGAGCGAAGUCCUAUAUGUUC